ACAACCCUGGAAGCCACGCCUCCUCCAGUAUCAAUAAGUAUAGUGCCAGACGUUCCUUUCGACAGUCAGACGGAUUUGCAUUAUUUGGAUACAGACAGUGAAGCAGAGUGGGAAUACUCAUCAAUACCCAGAAUCCAAUAACAAACAUGAGAGGUUUUAUACUCUUUGCGAUUUUAGUAAUUGCACAUGCUCACAGCAGUAUUGCGGCCCUGGUCAUAAAGGGACCAGACAAGCCUGUUCUGGAGAACGAUGAAGUCACCCUGGAAUGUCUGCUUUCUGACUCAGAGCUCAACACCAGCCAAGUCCACUUUGAGAAGUUUUCCAAGUACAUGAAUAAGUGGUAUCGGCUGGAGGAGGAGCCCAUGUACCGCCGAUGUAUCCCUGAUGUUAUCUUGAGGCGUGAGGCGAGCCAACUGCUUCUGUCCAUCCGCAGCAUCCACAGCUACUUCCACCAGGGACUCUACCGCUGUGUCGCAGACAACGCCACGGCAACCGACAACUCCUCCCAGCCCCUGGCUAUCACCAUCAACUACAUGCGUGAGCUGUCUGUGUACGAUGUGUCCUCCUCCAGCCGGAAGUUCAUCAAGGAAAACCUGCUUGUGACACUAGGCGAAGACGUAGAGGUGGAGUGCUCCACCACAGCCUCUGAGGCACCACAAUACUUCUGGCAGAAAUAUGGAGAGGACUGGAUCGUGCCCUCCUCCAAGCUGAGGCUGAAGAAUGUGAGGAUGGAGGAUGGUGGAGACUACACCUGCAUGGCUGAGCAUCCCACCCUGUCCAGCCUGAAGAAGAGCAGCACCAUCUCCAUAACUGUGCUGACAGCCACCAACGGCCGUCUCAACCAAGCCUGGUACGACUCCACCAACCUGGUGUUGAUGACCUCCGUGGCGGGGGCGGUUCUCCUGGUGCUCAUCCUGUCUAUCACCGUCUUCUUGGUCCGCAGGGCCAAGCAGGCCAAGAGCACCAAGGGACCCAUUGAUGACCACUCUCAGAAGAAGCCCAUCUACACAGCCAGUGUGGAGUCUCUGGCCUCUACCAGUGGAGACAAACAACCACUGGUGUGACCGCGCCAAGAGAUGGAGAAGAGAAGUAGGGGAACAAAUGGAGAAAGAUGGUAAAGGGGGCAAGGGAGUGAGGAAUAGGAAGGAGGGAAGAUGUUGAGGUGGGAGGAGAGGUGCCUGGGUUAUGGAUGCAGAGUUGCAGUGAGCCAGGAUGCAGAGUAAAAUCGAAGCUAUUAUCAAAGGCUGGCUGCGUGUAAGAGGAGGGAGACAAAUGAUUGUUUUACUGGGGUGGUUUGCUUCCAGCGGGGUUGGCUGAAGUGUUCUUGAACAAAAGGUGUGCAAUUUUCUCUUUAUUGAUUUCGCAACCUGCAAAAUUGACAUUCACUUUCUUAUCUGAGGCAAGGCGAGGGGGAGGAGUCUUUUGUACUGUGUGAACCCUGAGCAGCUGCAGACCGGUUUCAGGAGGUUACCUUGAGAUAAACUGCUCACCACCACCACCACUUUUGCAGCCUUGGGCUCACAAAAAGGAAUGUCUCUUACGUUGCAAGUAUGAUGUGACUGCUGUAUCACAAAUGUGCCUUUUCCCCUCAAUGCUUUUACGUGGUGUAGAAUAUUGGUGUGGAUUUUUUCUCUCAAGGAAAUGUAUAACCUUAUGUAGCAUACUAGUGGUGAUGCACUUCAAAGUAUACAGACAAGAUGUACACUUGUAGAUUAUUUUCUAUCUCUAUAUUCCAAUGACAACUAAAGCACUUUCAAACAUUACCCUCAGAGCUAUCUAUUUGCUGUAUUUCCUGUACUUUUAAUAUUCAUGAUAUAAAGUACCUUUGAGACAUUCUAAUAGUAA